AUGCAGGCUGCACCACGGCUUCAAGAUGCGCAGAUCUGGCUGCCACCGCGAGCCACUUCACGAGCCUCCUCUUAUCAUACUGUUCUCGACCACUUUACUAACACCACAACCACUACCACCACCACCAUCAACAACAACAACGGUGCCACCAAGUCGGUCGAAUCUUUGACGUCCUCGGUCGAACCUCCUGGUUUGGAUGACGCUGACGCCGACGCUGCUUCUUCGCCGCCUACCUCGCCGGAGAUCGAGUACGAGACGAUCCACCACACCAGACACGGCAAGGCGCUGGUGGUCGAGCAUCCGACGCUGGUCAACUUUGUGCCGACCACGGAGAUCCAGACCGCCGUUAGUGUCACUGCAGACCGCGUGGUGAUCGAUACGAUUUUCCCGCCCACCGCCGUGUUGCGUGCGAGUGACCGUGUCAAUCGUCCGUACGCUUACUCUGAAGAGCGGAAAGACGGCGUGGAAGCGGCAGGUUUCAACGUGCAGGAAUUGCUCAAGAGACACGAGGAGGAGCUGCGCCAGACACUGCGCGAGAAGCUGACCGAUAACUAUGAUCCUACGGGAAGCAUCACGGAAGAAAUCUUUACGACGCUGACCCAAGUCACGCGUUUCCCGGACCCGGUGGGCACAGACCUGAAGCCAUUCAGCAAGGAACAGUGUCCAUGCGUCUGCUGUGAGGCGGGCUGCUUUUACCCAUUCGAGCCGCAACCUGUACCAAGUACGUCGUCGAUGACCGCAACAUACGUUCAGCCCGCUGCUAGCCGUGCCGUUUCGAAGUCGUGUUUGGACAUGACCGAGGCAUCGGUGCCCAAUGGCGGUGCGUACGGCUCGAUGCGAAGUGGAAAACAGGACAAGGAAAGGAAUAAGCACAGGUUCGGAUUCCUGACGUUCGGUCGAUUUAGCCGGUCGCGCUCUAAUCUUGAUCUAGCUCGCGAACCUGCUGAUGGCGCGAGCAGCGCCACGAAGUCGACUGCACUCCCCACGCCGGCUCCCGCACUGCCCUCGGAGGUGACGAACCAAGUCGUGCCACCCGCCCGCUCCAAGUCAUUCUCCGACCUGGUUCGCAGGCGGCGCAGCAAGCAUAACGCAUCCAGUUCGUCCACCGCACCAGCCGCUGCAACUUCAGCAACCAACAUCAACGGCGCAGUCCAACCCGACGUCCCCACUCGACGCCUAGCCCGACACUCGCUCGACACCACGCGCACACCCACUCCGCUUUCGGCACCCAACCCACCCCCUCGCCGUAGCAGCAAAGUCUAUGCCAUCGUGUCGCGCAAACCCUCCCCCAACUUCUCGACCGGUUCCGCGACGAUGCCGAGGAAUUCGAUGAGUGCAUACGACAUCGGCCAGAUCGUCGAGGAGGAUGAACCAAGGGCAGGCGAUGCGGGAGUGGAGAGGAGGCAGUCUGCCUUGAUGUCGAGCUACGGCACACCGGCACAGGGGACGGGUCAGUUUCGAGUGACGAGACGACCGGUGCCUGUCGAACAGGAACCGCAGAUUGGUCUUGCGCUUUAG